CUGCUGCAAAGAAUUCAGGGAUUUGAACAUUUCUACAUUGAUAUAUAAAAUUUUAAUGAACAUGAGUGCAAUUUAAACUUAAUGCGGAUUUAUAUUGUUUUUUUACGUCCGCUUUGGCAGCAAACCCAUCCUAAGAAUUCCGUGUUGUAGGGAUGGGACAAGUUUAUAUGUGUGGAGGCUGAGUACCUCGAAAAUCAGGGCUAAUACAAAACGGCUAAGGUGAUUUAUUUUCACGCUAUGACAAUAAGGAGGGCUUAAUGUUAUUACAAUUCAGGCCCAUUUUACUUAGUAGACCAUAGAACAUCAGCAUACCACUUUGUAUUAUUAUUUAGUUUUAUUUGAAACAGUCGACGGAAAUGACUAAAACCAAAAUAUGGAAGUUUGGUUCUUCAUCCAAAACAUGAGCAGUCUAUCGCUUCGUGUGCUUCCUAGUGGUAAAGCUGUAAAUGAUGCGGUCUUACUGGAAUGUUGGUAACACAGCAUUACAUUUGGCAGUCAUGCUGGGCAGGAAAGAAUGUGUCCACUUGUUACUUGCACAUGGAGCACCUGUUAAAGUCAAGAAUCUUGCAGGUUGGAGUCCUCUGGCAGAAGCCAUUAGUUAUGGUGACAGACAGACAAUUUCAUCACUUGUACGCAAACUGAAACAGCAGGCUAGGGAACAAAUGGAAGAAAGGAGACCAAACCUUGUUUCAGCUCUCAAUCAAAUGGGUGACUUUUAUAUGGAACUCAAAUGGGACUUCCAAAGCUGGGUACCACUAGUAUCAAGGAUUCUUCCAUCGGAUAUUUGCAGAAUUCACAAACGUGGGUCAUCUAUUCGUCUUGACACUACACUGGUAGAUUUCAAUGAUAUGAGGUGGGAACGUGGAGAUAUCUCGUUCUUGUUCAAUGGAGAUCGGAAACCCAACCUUUCCUUAACAGUUUUGGACAAUAAGGCUGAACUAUAUCAGCGUGUACGAUAUGAGGAGACAGAGAUGGAAAUUGAGGAUGAAGUGGAUAUCUUAAUGAGCAGUGAUAUUAUGGCGGCACAAAUGUCAACAAAGUCCAUAACAUUCACAAGGGCACAGACAGGGUGGAUAUUCAGGGAAGACAGGAAGGAGAUGGUUGGGCCAUUCCAUUCAGAGUUUUAUGUCAUCAAUGGUAUGCUUCUCGAGUCGCGGAAAAGGCGGGAGCACCUCUCAGAAGAGGACCUGCAGAAGAACAAAGCCAUUAUGGAAAGUUUUACCAAAGGCAGUACACAGGGUUUUGAUAACAAUGGAGAGCCUGUACGGAGGCCAUCAUUGUCACCCCCACCAGAGAGCAAAGUAUCAUGGGAGGAAUAUAUAGGAAGUGAACCUGGAAACCAUCCAACAUUAGGGCGAAAUCUUGUAUACAAAGAAACCAGCAAAGCAUUCAAGGCUACUGUUGCUAUGAGUCCUGACUUCCCGUUGUCUGUGGAUAUGCUGCUGAAUGUACUAGAAGUGAUUGCUCCUUUUAAACACUUCAGUAAGCUGAGAGAAUUUGUUCUUAUGAAGCUACCUCCAGGCUUUCCAGUCAAAAUAGAUAUUCCGAUCCUACCCACUGUUACAGCUAAAAUCACAUUCCAGGAAUUUGCGUUUCGGAAUGACAUCAAGGCUGAACUCUUUGAAAUACCAUCACAUUACAUAGAAGACCCAACAAGGUUUCCUGACUUAUGACGAUUUGAUCAGUUGAUGCUGAUUGAAAUUAAUUAUCGUCGUCCUCUGAUUAGAACCAAUCACCAUACCCCACGAAGUUUUCAUCGUCAUCAUGUCCACCAUCACCACCUCCACCACAGAUCUGCAAAUCCAGUAUUGAAACAUCCUACUGGUUGCAAAGUUGGCAGCACUGUUACCAAACAUAGUCACUACGGUACAAAUGACGUCACUUAUGAAAAUGAUUUUGAGUUUAACUGUAGCAGCAAAUCUCUGCAAGAUAAUGUGGUCACAAGUGGCAAUGUUAUAAAUAGACAUGGUGUCAGUGGGGGUCUGGAGUGUGGUUCUGCUCUGUGUUUGAUGUGGUCUGGCACCCAUGGUGAGUCAUUGACUGGAGGUAGCAGUCGUGUCUGUUUUCCAAAACUUUGUGCAUCAGGAAAUCAGUUAGCAUCUGCUGGAAAUGGAGAUGUAAAUGUAUGUCUUUCUGUUUCUCAUCAAGUGGCUCUAGAGUUUCCAUUAACCCUAAGCCUAGGAAGCAGCUAUUCAAGUCACUGUGUCUUGUAUCUUGAUAAGACCACUUCUCCCUAAACUGUACAUCAUUUUAUGUCAAUUUCUGCAGUGUUAAACAUCCAGAGAACUGAAAUAUUUGACAGAAUCUGUCAUUAACCGUAUUUAAGAUGCUGAUAUUUCCAAACACCUGAAAACACUUGAACUGUUUAAGAAAAACAUUUGUGGAGUUCAUGUUGGUUACAUUAUGAGUUAAAUAUGGCACCUUGUUUUGUGUUGAUAAAUACUUAGAAACCUUUAUCAUGUUUGUUCUUAUUUCUUUUAUAACCCAGCUAUUGUAGUCUCGUGUUGGAAGUUAAAUUACAUUACACAGUUCUUUUAUGCUGUAUGUGAUUCAAGCGGGUUUAACAGUAUGUAGUUAACUGUUGAAGUAUAAAUAACUUAAUAAUUUAAGUUUUGUUUCAUAGAUAUUUUGGCAUAAAUCUUCUAUUGUAAAAUUGAGCCCAAAGCAAAUUUGCUUUUGAGUUUCAUUAUGCUCAUAACAGUGAGGAGUGAACCAGCGAAUGUCAUCAGUAUGCACUACACUGGAUUCAUGUGUGUAGAUUCUGAUAAGGGCUAUGGUUUAAUAUAGUAUGAGAAAGUUAGUUACUCCAAAAAGUAAAACAGUUUAGCAUCAAAUUAAAAUGAACAUGUGAGUCAAGUGUCAUACUUUGAUUAUUCUUGUUUUGUGUGCAGCUAAUUAUUAUAUUGUAUAUAUGGUCUAAUUCAGUUUUAUGAAAUAUACCAUUUUCCCUCUUUCUCACUUUUUAACCAUUUUAAUGUAAUUUUCUACAUAAAUGUAUAUAAUGUAUAGUUCCAGAAUUCUUUGUGUGGUGUCAUUUGUUGAACAUUUGUUUUAUUGAUCUAUCAAUAUUUUAUGCAGCAAAUGUGAAAUACUUGUUUACAUAUAGAACUUAAUUCCUUAAAUAUUUAUAAUUACAUUUUAAGAACUUAAGCAGUUCCUAAAUAGUAUUUAAUUUACAUGUACUUCCCAGCAAGUAAAUUGUUCCAAAAAAUGUUUGUUUAUUUAGUUUUUUGUUAAUUAUUGUUUUAAAUGUUAUAGUAAAAUUAUAGAUGAAUGUAUAUUAAUACUUUAAUGGUUAAUUAGGUUAAUUAUUCUCGUUUUGGGUACUAAUCUGCAUCUUUUUGUUUUGUUGGAGAAUCAGAAUCACAGGAUAUAAGUGAAUUGCAAGGUGGACUGCAGUACUAUAUGGAUUUGUGUUUGCAUGUACCACCUCAGAUCUUUCCUGUUCAAAAUAUGUGAUCUUCAUGCAAAUAACUUGGCCUCUUGCCAUUUAGGCCAUGUAUCCAAUAUGUAAUGAGUGUAUAAACAGAGUAUGAUUGCACUUUAUUUGUUAUAAGUAUAUAAUACAUAUGAUAUGUCUGAAAAGCAAAGCACUGGAUGCAGAGGGAUUCAGAAAAAAUGAACAUUUAUAGAAGUGCAGAAAGCUAUGGAUAUAUCCAACAGAGUUGGUAAGGUUACGUGGUAAGGAGAGAUUAGAAAGACAGUCUACAUGGUAAGAAAAGUAUGUAAAAAUUACCUGAACACGUGCUAGUAUUACAAAUCAUUUUUAUGAUUUUGAAUGUAAAAUAAUAAAAGAAAUUCAUAUAGAGUUAUCUGAAACCUUAGCAGAACAUGACCAAUUGUUAUGACAAAAUUUUGAUCAUUAAUUAAAUGAGGCACUUUUUGGCUUUAAUUGUGUGACGUUUUAGUGAUGAUCAAGCAUUGGAUUAUAGUAAGUGGCUCUUCUGUUUAAUCACAGACAUUUGUAUGGAAUGAAUUUGUUCACAUUUGGUUCAUAAGAAUAAUCAGAAUAAUGCAUUUAAUAUUUAUUUGUGAUUAACAGUUUUGUUGCUUUAAUUAAAUUUUCUGGACAUGUGAAGAGAUUAUGAGGAACUGUGUAUAUGGUCACUCUUGUAGUGAAAAAGUAACUGAAUACUGGCAAUAUUUAGAAACCAUAAACACAAUCUUAAGUUUACUAGGUGCCAACCCAAAAAGUAUUCUUUAAUAUUAAUCACAAUUUAAAAUACUAGAAAUUUGACCAUCAUGAACACUAGUAUAGAAACUGGAAUACAGAACACCAUUUUGAGUAUUUUUUGGCCUGGUAUAGUAUAUCUAAAGAUGUGGAAUUACAUUGUUUAUUUCUCAACAUUCUUCUUUACUCAGUGCAGGAUUUCUCUCUGUUCUGUUUGCUGUACUUUUAAAUCUACCCUACAUUCACUUUAUUUAUUUUAUUGGCCUGCUGAAGCUAAAGUGGGUCUAAAUUAUGUUGAAAAUUGAGUUUAUACCAGGAAGGAAACAAUGCUUCUUCAUAACAAGGUCCGCUCAGCCGAUCCUAUUUACCCUGACAAUUGUGUGAAACCCAUAAAUACAUUCUGUGCGCAAAAUGCAGAGUUGCUGAUUAUUAAAGUAGGUGGUUGAAAAGUUACCACUGGGCUUUGAGUGGUUAAAAAGUAGCAUUUUACAGAAGACAUUCAAGAUAUUUUUUAAGAAACAUGGACAACAGAUUAUUCUUUCUGUUUUAUUAUAUUUCCAGUCACUGAUACAUUAUACUGUACAGUUCAGCUUGUCAAUGUGAAAACUGUGGCAAACUUAUUUUUAUUUAACUGCUGGAAUAUCCUCCUGUCCAUUUGUAACCUUGAAUUUCCAACUCUUUGGAAACCAUGUUCACAUAAUCCAUCAUAUGGACUGUUUUUCUAAAAUGCAAGUGUAAACAAAGACAUAGUUCAACCAGAGUGGAAUGUGUUAUUGUUAUAUUAAUUAUUACAUAAUCAAACUUGUGACUGUCAUUACCAUUGUCAUAAUUACUAUCAUCUUCAUUAUCAUUAUCCGCAAGCAAGGCUAUAAUUGUAGUACCUUAUGCACUAGGGUAAAAACUCCUUCCAUGUCACACAUAAUUUUUUUCUUAUUGAGUACAAAAAGUGAACAUACUCAUUUCAAAUUACUAAUGUUCAUUACAUAUGACAUACAACAAGUAUCAUAUUAUUAAAUUGGGAUAGAGCAAAGGAGGGAGGCUGAUAAAGUAAAUCAAUGAUGUGUACAUAUCUUUGAGACUUUACGAGCCUUGUAUUACAGUUUGGUGCACUUUGGUUAAAAUUCUACAGUUGUACUGCAGGGUACCAAGGUAUUUAAAAGGAGUAGAACACUUGUGUAAAGAAUAAAAAGUAAUGGAGUUCACUCUAACUUGUGUGAUAUGACAUAAAAUACUAAUUAAAAAUUAAGUGAUAGAUGAGAAUGACACUUUCCAGGAUAGUACGUAAAGGUACAAAUUUUUACAAAUGUAUAUCCAUUGUAUUGCAUCUUUAUUGCAGACUUCGAUGGCAGUGACUACUCUACCAUGAAAUCCGCCCAAUCUUCUGCUAUUGAAGUUUGCAGGGAAGAUGACAUUGAUAUUGCUCAUUUGCCCUUUGCUGGCAAGUGUGCUAAAAUUUUCUGUAAUUGAUGGCAAGGGCUGCUUUCGCUAAACUGAAGUCCACUCAGUAUUGUGCUUAUGAAAGUUGCGCAGAAGAUGACAUUUAAUUUGAAAUGACUGUCUUCUGGGUUGUAGUGCCAUGUAAUGUGGUAGACAUUUACCAGGCUACAUGGCACUAUGACCUAGAAGACAUCCAUCUUUGUGCUCGCCACCAUGAGAACCUCAUAUCUGAUAUUUAAAUUGUUUCUUUGGCCCUUUAAUGCUAAGUGCAGUGUAAUUUCCGGUUCUGUCCAUUAUGUAGAUUUGCAUAAGUAAUGCAUUGGCUUCUUGUGGGUGUUCCGAAUGUGCUACUCUAUGUGACCUUGAAAUGAGUGUGUCUGGAAUUAAAGUAUAAUAUACUUGUGUUUUGAAAAAGGUAUGAUUAAAAGUGUUACCACUUGCUGGUGGGGAAGGAACACAUUUGUAGUUUCUAAUGUCCUAUGUUUACUUGUCCAGAGUUGAAAUUUGUCAACUGAAGUGUGUAUGAUUUAUAGUAUGUGGUGAAUAUUCUGCCAAAAGUCAGAAAGCCUAAAUAUAUUAAAUGUCCAAUCCAAAGGGCCCAGGUAACUUGUAAUUAAGUUUGUUCUUGUUCCUUAUGUAGAGCCUAUGGUGUGAAGAGAUAUGUUGCAAGAUACACAUAAAACAUUUUUUUGUGUGAAUGCAGUUGCGUGAGGAAUUAAUGUAAUAUUACAUUCAUAACUAAUGUUCAGUAACAUCUUAUUUAAAUAAAAGUCACACAUAUUGAACUUAAUAAUGGCCAUUCCAUUAUAAAAUCCUGUGAAUGUGUGAGCACAAUAUGCCACCAAAUAACAUUGAAAAUUAUUGAAAGUUACAUUGUGGUCAAACAAUAACUAAAAAUAUACCAUAAGGGCAUAUGCUGAAAUGGCAGUUUGCCCCAUUCAGUGAAUGCAGAUGUGUUUAUAAUUUUUCGGCUGUUGAUCUUAGUUACAAGCCACAAGUUCUAAGAAUUUAAUAAAUUAACACAAUUGAGGAGUAAAAGUUUUUUAUUGCAUUGUGUGAUCAGAGAACAACAUUUUAAGUAUCAAACUAUCAAUGAGCAGUACACACUGUCAUUCAGGGGGUGAAGCUGAUGCAUGUUACUAGAAUUUCCAUAGCUUGAAGAUUGAGCUUUCACUCCUGAAGCUCAGUUCUUUUAUUAAAAUAUUAUUCUGUGUACAGGACUUAGGUAUGAUGUCAGGUUACUAGGCUCCGAUUAAAAUUGAAGGAUUUUGCAAUGAUGCUUUGAAUCCUAAUGUUUUGUGCUUGUCAAGAGCAAAGGCUUAUUCUGGUAAUAUUGUAUUGUAAAUGAAUUCAUUUACAAGUUUACAGAUCGUAUAAUUGUUUUAUCCUGAAUAUUGGCUUGCAGCAUGUUUUAAUUAAGAUAUUUCUUUCAUUAAUGACAUUGUAUUAGCCUUCCUUUAUACAGUGUGUUCGUACAUGAGGCACUAGACAUGUUUAAUUUUAUGGUGUUUAUUUCAUUCUGUUUAGUGAUUUUCUGUAUGAAAUGUUUAUUCAUAUUUUCUGCUCUUGUAUAAGUUACAAACAUUUUCGUGUAUUUGUCACUGAAUUACUGGUCAAUCAUUUUUAUUACAUAUGAUUAUUACUGUAAAAAUUAUACUGUAAUAUUGCUGCUACUGCUUUCAUCAUUGCUCUACCACUGCAUUUUAAAAAUUCUUUAACAUAUUUGGAAUAUAUCAAAUUAAGUGUGCCUGUUACUCGAAGGAAAUUAAUAUCAUUUCAGUCAUCCAGAUUUUCACUGCCAUUGAAAUUUAAAAUCUUACACAGUGUUUUGUUUUUGAGGUCUGUGAUUUCUAAAUUUUUGGUAGUAUUCUGCACGGUCAGGUAUUUAUAUAUUGGUGUAAGUUUCUGAAAAUUAGAAUUGUAUGUCAGAGAUUAUAAAUCUUAUGUUAGUAAUAUUUUGCCCUGUUAUUUGUUAUUAAAAAUAAAUCAGUUACACUUUUAAUUUAUGUAUUUUUAGAACAAGUUUUUUGAAAAGUAAAUGGCAGCUGUAAAUAUCUAAGAUUCUGGGAUGUAAUAUUCUAAGAGCAUAUAAGUUUAGCUUCAUUUGCAUCAUGAAUACUAUGUAGAAGUCCACCACCAUCUAUACUUAUGUCACCAUGAAGACCUCUAAUUCUGCGUUGUUUUCUGAAGAAGUGAUGGAAAACCAAUAUCCAUAAAUUCUUCUAACUGGUUUAAGCUGGUGAUUGCAGAUCAGGUUGUACCAUGUUAAUUAUGUGAGUUCCCUUGAAAUUUUGGUUUAGAGGUGGUUGGGAAGCCGGUAGUUUAUGUAGGGUUUGUAGAAGGACUAGGUUAGAGUAAAUUGGAAAAUUCCAUGGUGUCUUGUUCAGAUGUAACACAGUGGCAUUGCAUUUGAUUUUGGCAACACAAAGUACCAUCUUUAAAUAUAUGCACAGAUUUCAACAUGAUUUUAUCAAAAUUGACACAGAACUAAAGUAUCCCAGUCUGUUGUGCAGUGAGUUAACUAUUUAUACUUUUUUGUGUUUAAUUUUAUACCUACCAUUGUACCAGAAGCUGAGAUUACCCAAAUUGCGGAUGUCACACAGUUAUCAGGUUAUGUCAAAGAGUUUUCACUAGUGUUUAACAAAAAUUCCAAUAUGAAAUAAUUUGUAUUCUGAAACCUUGGCAACCUUUCUCAGCAAAUGGAUAUACACGCGCUGUAUACUCCACCUAUCUUCUGAAUACCUCCGCUCUUAAUGGUAAUUUUCAUGCAGAUUGAACAUUGUUAUUAACAUCUUAAAUUUUUAUGAAGUUAACAAUUUAAUGACUUUUCCUGUUUAAUUUGUUUUGGUUGUAUGAUGAUGUUUCAAUGUGUUUUAUAAUGAAUCCAUGGUAAAAUGUAACCUUAUAAAAUUCUGGUUCCAGGAAUCAACAAAUAUGAUAAUAAUAAUGCAAGUGAAGAUAGAGGUGAUAAAUUAAUACUGCCAGUACUGCGACUGAUUUUUUAAAAUUAUUUUAAAGUAGGUGUGAAAACAAAAUAGAACCUCAGAUAUAUUAUAACUCUCAGUUUCCUGAACAUAGUGUAUUUUAUACUGUCUCAUGCUCUUGUUACUUCAAAUUGUUUGUUAUUAAAGUUGAACCUGUUGUAUCAUGUGACACCAUUUCUGUGUCAGAUUUUAUUUAACAUUCAACACCAUAGAGUUGCUAUUGAAAUACAUAUGUACAUGGAUUUGUGCUAUCGCUUUAAACUUGUUGAAAAUGGUUGUGUGGCAAGAAAUGGAGCUAUUAAUUGAACAGAAUGUAUUGCUAUGCAACCUCAUCAUUCUGUUUAUUAACCAGAGAUUUUAGCAUCCAUACAAGCUUAAAAACCUAUGGCAUUUGUCAGAAUAUAAUGAUUUUCUUUUAAUUAUACUUGGAGAUAUUUUGUUAUUUAGUAUGCUGUGAAUUUAAAUUAUGGUUUUUCAUCUUUAUUUCAGUCCCUCCCAGUGACCACAUAAUUUCUUUACAAGCAUUUGGAAAUAGUUCCUUGCUAAAUUAAAGGCAAAAAUAUGUCAUUUACGAUACUGAUUUGUAUCUAGUAAUAUGAGCUGUUAACACAUUAUGUAUUUUAUUAGGAUUAUUUCUCAAGAGUGAAUAUCAGAGGAUCAUAGAGAAAAUGCGUUGUGAAAAUUUUGGCAGUGCUGUCCUCUGGGUAGACUGAAGAUUUUGGUAAUGGUUAAGAUUUUUUAUUCCUGCAUUAAGUGAAUAGAAAUGUGUAUGAUUUGAGGAUUUUAUAGUGUGAGUUUAGAUAGUGCCAUAUAUAAACCUUUCAGAGGAACUUGCUGCAUCUGCCUGUAGGUACUUCAAUCUUGUAUCCUCUGAAAUGUUGAUAUACAUCCAGAUUACUACAUGUGUAACAACACAGAAGACCAUGGUCUAAAAUAAAAAUGUGUUCUGUACAAAAUGUGGAUAUUUCUCUCAAGUAAUCCAGUUUGAGCGCUUCCAAUUUAAACCCCAUAAAAUUAAUUUCUGGUGUUACUGACAUGGUAGUUGUCAACAUAAAAAUCUUACAUUAUGAACCUGUGUCUCAAAAUUUUACUCUUUUCUUGUUGCAAAACACAUUGUCAGCAGAAGAGCACAUUCUGAUUUAAGAUUUUGAAACUAAUUUGUUUUAUUUUAUCUCUUUCCAUAUAUAAAUAAAAGUUUGGGCUAUAACAGUAUCUUCAUCAAUAGAAUCUUGUUGAUUUUGAAUCACAAAGAUUAUAAUUGUUUGUAUAAUGAACUGAUAAAAUGUUUUGUUUGAAUCAACUCCAUGGAACAUAAAGAUUCCAGUCACAGUACAAAUAUUUAUUUUACAUACAAAAGAAAUAACAUUAUUAAACAUGUGUCACCUCUUACAUGUGAUCCGGCUUCAUACCACUAAACGAUGAAAGUAGUCAGUAGCCCCUUUGUCUGAGGGUUUAAAUGCCCUGUCCCUCUGCAAUACAGAUUAUAUGUGACUAAUACCUUCAAGUUUUGUGAAUAGCAUGAUGUUUAUUGUAAUGUACUGCAAGACAUAAUUAUAUAUCAAAUUUAAAAUC